AUGGGUCGCUUCGGCGUCACUCUGUGCCUCGUCCCUCAGUCAUGUGGACGCGGAGUGGAGUACCUGCCUGAGGAUCAAGUAAAAGUCGCUUUGGGCAGUGCUCUUACUCGUGUCGACCGCGUGCUGAGCCAUGCAUCUCCCCAUCGCAUCGCCGGUGCUGUAGCGGAUAGCGUACGCGCGGCUCCUGCAUUUACACAUCAGCUUAACAUUCUUAUUGACAACGGCAACUCCAUGGAGACCCUGGUGCCGUUUCUGUGCGAUAUUACGGCGCAGCAGAGUAGUGAUGAUGAACUUCCAUUGCAGUGUAUGAUAUUUGCCUCUGACGAGGCGUCUGUAGUGUGCGAGAUUCUCGGGAAGGAGGAGAUGGGUUCGGUAAGAGACGUUGUGAAGGGAAUGCGGCAGAUUGUGCUGGUUGGCUUGAAAUACAAGCAGCGAACGGUUACUCUGCUUGUUGUUGAUCAGCUCUCCACAACCCUCAUCGCUGCAAUGCUGAACUCGGCUUGGUGUCACUUAUGGCUUGUGCAGAGUGGCCAUCAGGUGAUUGAGCGUUCCGUGACAGUGUUGCGUGAAGCCGUCGCCGUGUGUGACGCGGCAAAGGACUUUCGCCACUCUCCUGAUUCUGUUGUGACGGGACCAAGAGAUAUCGAGGCGUUGUUGCAAGCACGUGCAUCAUCAGAUAUGGAGGCGCAGCAGCUAGCUGCGUGGUGGCGGCAGUACACCCUCGGAGAUGAAAGCGCUCCCUGUCAGGCCAUUGCUGAUGAAAAUGUCGCACUGCGAACCGAACGUGCCCAGCUGCAGGCCCACUGGGCGCGGCGCGAGGAAGACUUCGCGAGACAGUUGAAGGAGACUGAGCAUGAAAUAGAACGUCUGAAGCAGGCACUCCAGGAGGCUGAGGCAAGCGCCACAGAGCUAGGGUCAAGGCUUGUUGAGAAUAAAGAGGAGACCCGCGCCCAAAAGGAAGGCUUGACCGCGGAACAAUCCGAGGGUGACAAGAGACUUCAUCAGCUCCUUCAAGAGUACCACGAUCGAUUUGGAGAGCUAAAGGAGGAAAAUAUGCGAAAUGUAUUGGAGUUCCAUGAGAGAGAGAAGGAAUGGCAGGCGGAACUGCGGCGGGAGGCCGAAGGGCGUGAGAUGCUCGCGGAGGAAUGCCGCCAACUCCGCACCGUUGUGGCCGAGCAAGGUUCCAGCAUGGAUCUCGUCAAGGGGGCUCUCCAGGCCACCAGAGCGCUGCAGGAGCAGGAGAUAGACGAGCUUUUGAACAAGGUGCGGGCCAUAUCUUCCGCGAGCACAUCUGUUGGUCACCGCCGUGUCUCGCCCCGCCCAGUGGAACGCUCCGGCUUGCGUAAUCGCAUUCGAGUGUUGUCACCAGCUCCCAUUAUGAGGGGUACUGUUUCCCCAUAA